UCGAACCAUCUCAACGCAACACUUGUCGUCGAUCAAAAGUCUAAAAACAUUGCUUCUCAACUUUGAUCUCUUUCCUCUAGUCUCUAUCAUCACCGCCACGUCACUAUUUUCCCGCCUUAUAACUAGGGGCAAUCAACUCUCGCGAACAGAGAGAGACGGAGAACAAGAGCAAUCAAAUCACACAAAUCCUCGAAAAAGUAAAAUUCUUGAUUAAAAAAAAACGGACAUUUUGUGCUCAGACACUCAGCUUUCCUUAUUAGUCUUUUGCCACCUCUCUGCAAAGUUCUCGAACCCACUCUGUAACCAAAAUCAAUCAUAAAGAUUUGAUCUUUUUUUUUCCUUUUUCGGUGAGAUUUAAUCCUCUAAGGUUCUUGAUACUCUCUAGAUCUAUUCUUACUUGGGUUUGUUCGAAAUAUGGAGGACAAGAACAAUGAUAAGGAGAAAAAAACCGACGUUACGUUCGAAGAUGACGAAGAUAACGAAGAUCUAGAAGACAACAGCAGUAAGUACGAGAACGACAGUGAAACUGAUCAAAGCGAUCUCGGAGAUCUUCCUGGUGAUGCUGUUGAUCGUGACGACGACAUCGAUGAACCUUUCAUUUCCCAGGUUCAAUGGCCUCAAAGCUUCAGGGAAACGACUGAUUCUUAUACGAUUGCGGCAUCACCAAUCUUCGGGUCGCUCAGGAGUAAUCCUCCGAGUUUCUAUAGAGCCAGCAGAAGUAAUUUAGAUGUUGAGUCAAAAGCACCUUUGCUUCCUGAGAGGCAUGAUGAUUCAGACAAAGCCUCAGCUACACAAUCUGCUUGGUCUCAUAAAGGCUCAUUUGCUGAGGAAUUGCCCAUUGGUGGCUAUGGAUGCAGCGUCAUUCAAACCAUUUUCAAUGCUAUUAAUGUAAUGGCUGGAGUUGGACUUCUCUCAACACCUUAUACAGUGAAAGAAGCUGGUUGGGCAAGUAUGGUAAUUCUUCUCUUAUUUGCUGUUAUUUGUUGUUACACUGCUACUUUAAUGAAAGACUGUUUCGAGAACAAGACCGGCAUUAUCACUUAUCCUGAUAUUGGAGAAGCAGCUUUUGGCAAAUAUGGUCGUAUUCUUAUCUGUAUGCUAUUGUACACAGAACUAUAUUCAUAUUGUGUUGAAUUCAUCAUUUUGGAAGGAGAUAACCUUACCGGGCUUUUCCCUGGUACAUCCUUGGAUUUGCUCGGGUUCCGACUUGACUCUAAGCAUUUAUUUGGAAUCUUAACUGCUCUCAUUGUUCUUCCAACUGUUUGGUUGAAAGAUCUACGCAUCAUUUCCUACCUCUCAGCCGGUGGAGUUAUCGCAACCGCUUUGAUAGCAGUAAGCGUGUUUUUCCUCGGUACAACGGGCGGGAUUGGGUUUCAUCACACCGGGCAGGCUGUGAAAUGGAACGGGAUACCGUUUGCAAUUGGUAUAUACGGGUUUUGCUAUUCAGGACAUUCAGUGUUCCCAAAUAUAUACCAAUCCAUGGCUGAUAAAACCAAAUUCAACAAAGCAGUGAUCACUUGUUUCAUUAUAUGUGUUUUGUUAUACGGAGGAGUUGCAAUCAUGGGUUAUCUCAUGUUUGGAGAAGCUACCUUGUCUCAGAUUACACUAAACAUGCCACAGGACCAAUUUUUCUCAAAAGUGGCACAGUGGACAACGGUUGUGAGUCCGUUUACAAAAUACGCUCUCCUGAUGAAUCCACUUGCAAGGAGUAUAGAAGAACUAUUACCGGAAAGAAUGUCAGAGAACAUAUGGUGCUUUCUUCUUCUAAGAACAGCACUCGUCGCUUCUUCUGUUUGUUCUGCUUUCCUUAUUCCAUUUUUUGGUAAGAACAUUAAGCUAGAAAGGUUGAGAACUCACUCGUGUGUCGUUUUACUAGAUUUGCUCCUUAAUGGUCUUUUUUUGCAAUUGGUUUUAUUUUCCACACAGGUCUUAUGAUGGCUCUUAUAGGAUCUCUUCUCAGUAUACUAGUGGCAAUAAUAAUGCCAGCUUUAUGCUUCAUAAAGAUAAUGGGGAACAAAGCAACAAGAACACAGAUGAUUCUGAGUUCGAUCAUUGUGGCCAUCGGGGUGGUAAGCGGGACCUUGGGGACAUAUUCUUCGGUGGCAAAGAUCAUUAGGAACUAUCAGUGAAGGAACUCCAUGACAAAGAGACCCAUAGUUUAUCCCCUGUACUUUGAGUUGAAUGUUUUUGUUGAAGCUAAUAAACUCUUGAUUAUGAAAGAUUAUUUUGGACUUGAAAGUUAAUAAAACUAGUGAAAGGUUUACUUUCUCAUAGGUGUCACAUUUGCUUUUGUAUUUUUGUGUAUCUACUAUCUCUUCAUUUUUCUGAGCAUCUUUCUCAUGUUUAGAUUUGGGUAUAAUGAGCUCGCCUAUUUGAUAAAGGCAUUAAUAAUAAGUAUUAACAACACAAAU